AUGCACGAGGUGAACGGCAAACAGCUCAAUGCAAGCGAACUCGAACAGCAAUUCAACAAGGUCUACGAAUCCGCUCAGCGAGCUCCCGCUCUUGGUGCUCUGACUAGCGAAAACCGUGAUGUGUGGGCCGAUGCACGCCAAACUUUGCUUGCAGCGCAUCCCAAGAAUGCUGCAGCCCUUGAGACUAUCGAAUCUGCGUCGUUCGUCGUGUGCCUCGAUGACGCCUCUCCCGUGACGCUUGAGGAGCGUGCCCAUCAAUACUGGCACGGAGAUGGCCAGAAUCGCUGGUUUGACAAGCCUCUUCAAUUCAUUGUCAACGACAACGGCACGUCUGGCUUCAUGGGCGAACACUCCAUGAUGGAUGGCACCCCUACUCAUCGCUUAAACGACUACAUCAAUGAUCUCAUUUUCAACAACAAAAUUGACCUCUCCAACCCCGCUAUCCGCUCUAACCUGGCCGAUCCUCAGCCAGUCAAAUUCGAGAUCACCAAGGACGUCCAGACUGAGAUCGACCGUGCAACCAAAGACUUCAACGACGUUAUCGGCCAGCACGAGCUCGCCGUGCAGGCCUACCAGGGCUACGGCAAGGGAUUGAUCAAGAAGUUCAAAUGCUCUCCAGAUGCCUACGUUCAGAUGAUCAUCCAGCUGGCGUACUUCAAGAUGUACGGCAAGAACCGCCCCACGUACGAGUCCGCUGCCACCCGCCGUUUCCAGCAGGGUCGUACCGAGACUUGCCGCACGGUUUCUGAUGCUUCAACCGCCUGGUGCCGGUCCAUGGCCGACGCCGAGUCGACGGACGCGACUCGCACUGACCUGUUCCGCAAGGCUAUCGAUUCGCAUCUCGAAUACAUCAGUGCCGCGUCAGAUGGCAAGGGAGUGGACAGGCACCUGUUCGGUCUGAAGAAACUAUUGGGACCUGGUGAGGAGCUCCCGAGCAUCUACAAGGACCCAGCGUACACAUAUUCCGCCACGUGGUUCCUCUCGACCUCGCAGUUGAGCUCUGAGUUUUUCAACGGAUACGGUUGGAGCCAGGUUAUUGACGACGGAUUCGGUAUUGCGUAUAUGAUCAACGAAAACAGCAUCAACUUCAACAUUGUGUCGAAGGGUCUUGGCAGCCAGAGGAUGAGCUUCUAUCUCAACGAGGCCGCUGGUGAUAUGCGUGAUCUCCUCAUAUCGAGCAUUGAGACACCCAAGGCUAAACUGUGAGAGGCCCGUGAAAUUCGAGAAGAUGCCGGAAGAUGAACAAACGGAGAACAUAGUGUAGGAUGACGGAAGGAUUGGCCGGACAAGCAGCGUAUGCCAAUUGUGCAUUCUGCGUACAUGUACUAGAGAUUAGGGACUGGCGCAUCGCUCAAGUUGUGUUGACAAUAGACUACAUACUGCCAACCCAGCCAGACAACCUUC